AUGACGAGCAAAUUCUCUCCCAAUUCAAACUCUGACGCGACAAAAUUCUGUAGCGAGCACCCCGUCGACGAACCGAAUGAUUACGAGGGAGCCUACAGCGGCACCAUACACAGGCAAGGCACAGGGGCAUGGUGCCUGCAAUACCGAUUUGACUACUUCGAUGGGACGGUCGAUCAUCGCGAGGACGAUCAGCCAGGCGAGAAUGAUGAAGCAUGCGAAAGCGGCGACAGCGAUGAAAGCGACGCAGCAGGUGUAAUUCGCGUCAACACCACGGAUAACUGCAAGCAGUGUUGCUUGAUGAGCGACUUGCCGUUUAUCGCCGGGAAAUACGGUAUACAGAAGAGCGCAGGAGUUUAUUACGAAGUUAAGAUCAAGGAGAUGGGUGGUAUCAUCGCCUUGGGAACGGCUUGCCGUCCGGCCCCGCAGGGCCGCCUCCCGGGCUUCGACAGGCUGAGCGCAGCCCUGCACCUCGACGAUCUGUGCACGUAUUACGAAAAUCCCCAGUCUGGCCAGAAGUACGCUAUCGGCAUUUCGCGUAUCGCCGAGGGAGAUGUGGUCGGGUGCGGGUACCACUUCUCCACCGGCGCGCUCUUCUUUACAUACAACGGGGUACGCCUUCCGGACGCGUUCACCGGCAUCUAUUUCCCGCAUGGAAAGGUGGAUGUUUUUGCGGCGAUUGGGAUGCAAGGCUCCAAUAACUUGGAGGUGAAUUUUGGAUAUGAGCCGUUUAAGUGGGCUGAGGGAAAUGGGGCAGAGUGGAAGGUGGAUACUCAUCUGAAGAAUGGGCUUACAGGCCAGCAUUAG